CGGGCGGCUCCGGCCGGGGAUGGCUGCGGCGGCCGAGCCCGGGGCUCACCCCUGGCUGGGCGGCGGCGCCCCGAGGCCCAGCAGCCCGGCCUGCAGCCCGGUGCUGGGCGGCGGAAGCCGCUCGCGCCCGGGGCCAGGGCUGGAGCCGGUCGGCGCCAGAUCCCCGGGUCCAGCCGCCGCGCCGGGCCACAGCUUCCGGAAGGUGACGCUCACCAAACCCACCUUCUGCCACCUCUGCUCCGACUUCAUCUGGGGGCUGGCCGGCUUCCUGUGCGACGUCUGCAACUUCAUGUCCCAUGAGAAGUGCCUGAAGCAUGUGAAGACCCCAUGCACGAGUGUUGCACCCAGCCUGGUCCGGGUCCCUGUAGCCCACUGCUUCGGCCCCCGGGGACUCUACAAGCGCAAGUUCUGUGCCAUCUGCCGCAAGGGCCUGGAGGCGCCUGCACUUCGCUGUGAAGUGUGUGAGCUGUACCUUCACCCCGACUGUGUGCCCUUCGCCUGCAGUGACUGCCGCCAGUGCCACCAGGACGGGCACCAGGAUCACGACACAUACCACCACCACUGGCGGGAGGGAAACCUACCCUCCGGUGCACGCUGCGAGGUCUGCAGGAAGACAUGUGGCUCCUCCGAUGUGCUGGCUGGCGUGCGCUGCGAGUGGUGCGGGGUCCAGGCCCACUCGGUCUGCUCCACGGCGCUCGCCCCAGACUGCACGUUCGGGCGCCUGCGCUCCCUGGUCUUGCCCCCGGCGUGCGUGCGCCUGCUGUCGCGAAACUUCAGCAAGAUGCACUGCUUCCGCAUUGCAGAGACCGUGGCCCUGGAGCCAGGGGAGGGGGAUGACAGUGUGGACGGAGGUGCUGCCACCGGCCCAGGCAGAGAGACGCUGGCACCUGCAGAGUCCAGCAAGCAAACCCUGAAGAUCUUUGAUGGCGACGACUCUGUCAGAAGAAACCAGUUCCGUGUCAUCACUGUCCCCCGCCAGGCCCGGAGCGAGGAGGUGCUGGAGGCGGCGCUGCGGGCCUACUACAUCCCGGAGGACCCUGGCAACCUGGAGCUGCACGCGCUGCCCUUGCAGGCGGGUGACGCCUGGGCCCGUGCCAAGGCCGGGAGUGCCGGAAUCUCGGAGGAGGAGGAGGGCAGCAGAGGCCCGGGGUCGUGCGAGGCCUCGCCCGAGGCCUGGGUCAUCCGGGCUCUGCCCCGUGCCCAGGAGGUCCUGAAGAUCUACCCCGGCUGGCUCAAGGUGGGUGUGGCCUACGUGUCCGUGCACGUGACCCCUCAGAGCACAGCCCGGACGGUGGUGCUGCAGGUCCUGCCGCUGCUUGGUCGCCAGGCUGAGAGUCCAGAGAGCUUCCAGCUGGUGGAGGUGCUCAUGGGCAGCAGGCAGGUCCAACGGACAGUGCUGGCGGAUGAAGAGCUCCUGCUCAACCGGCUUUGGGACAUCCGGCAGACCUCCUUGCGGCAGGUGAGCCAGACGCGGUUCUACGUGGCAGAGAGCAGGGCUGCGGCCCCUCGAGUCUCCCUGUUCAUUGGCGGCUUGCCUCCCGGCUUGUCCCCCCAGGAGUACAGUAACCUGCUGCACGAAGCCUUGGCCACCAAAGCCGCUGUGGUGUCCGUGAGUCACGUCUACUCCUCCCAAGGUGCAGUGGUGCUGGGCAUCACCUGCUUCGCAGAGGCCGAGCGGCUGUACAUGCUGGUCAGGGACACGGCUGUGCAGGGCCAGCUGCUGACCGCGCUGGUGCUCCCGGAUGUGCUGCACUGGAACCUGCCCCCAGACAGCUGCCCCCUCCUCGUGUUUGUGAACCCCAAAAGUGGGGGCCUCAAGGGCCGAGACCUGCUGUGCAGUUUCCGGAAGCUGCUGAACCCUCACCAGGUCUUCGAGCUGACCAACGGGGGUCCUCUUCCUGGGUUCCACCUGUUCUCCCAGGUGCCCUGCUUCCGCGUGCUGGUGUGUGGUGGGGACGGCACCGUGGGCUGGGUGCUUGCUGCCCUGGAGGAAACACGGCACCGUCUGGCUUGCCCGGAGCCUUCUGUGGCCAUCCUGCCCCUGGGCACAGGAAAUGACCUUGGCCGGGUCCUCCGCUGGGGGGCCGGCUACAGUGGAGAGGACCCGUUCUCGGUGCUGGUGUCUGUAGAUGAGGCCGACGCUGUGCUCAUGGACCGCUGGACCAUCUUGCUGGACGCUCACGAGGCUGCUAGUGCAGAGAACGGUGUGGCAGACGCAGAGCCCCCCAAGAUCGUGCAAAUGAGCAACUACUGCGGCAUUGGCAUUGACGCAGAGCUGAGCCUGGACUUCCACCAGGCACGAGAGGAGGAGCCUGGCAAGUUCACGAGCAGGUUCCACAACAAGGGUGUAUACGUGCGGGUUGGGCUGCAGAAGAUCAGCCACUCUCGAGGCCUGCACAGGGAGAUCCGGCUGCAGGUGGAGCAGCAGGAAGUGCAGCUGCCCAGCAUCGAGGGGCUCAUCUUCAUCAACAUCCCCAGCUGGGGCUCAGGGGCUGACCUGUGGGGCUCAGACAGCGACUCGAGGUUCGAGAAGCCACGCAUGGAUGACGGGCUCCUGGAGGUCGUGGGCGUCACAGGCGUUGUCCACAUGGGCCAGGUCCAGGGUGGGCUGCGCUCCGGAAUCCGCAUCGCCCAGGGCUCCUACUUCCGUGUCACACUCCUUAAGGCCACCCCUGUGCAGGUGGACGGGGAGCCCUGGGUCCAGGCCCCCGGGAACAUGAUCAUCUCAGCUGCUGGCCCGAAGGUCCACAUGCUGCGGAAAGCCAAACAGAAGCCCAGGAAGGCCGGGACCUCUAGGGACACCCGGCUGGAAGCCACGCCUGCCCCCGAGGGGGAUCCCAAGUAGAGCUGGCUGAGGCAGCAGGGCAGGCUGAGAGUCUCUGGACCCGCCAUCCUUGUCAUCAGCUCCUCAGGGUACAGCUGUGCUUUGAGUCCACAGUGGCUGGCCUGGUGAUGGACUUGGCCACAGCCCUGAGCAGAGCAUCUUCCUGGGACCCAGGACAUUUCCAGCCCUCUUUCCCAUCCACCGUCACACAGAAACUGCUGGUUGGCUGGGAGGCAUUUCCUUCCUUGCCAGGUGUCAUCACCAUCAAAGAUCUUCAGGGUUUGCUUGCCAGGCCAUGUGACAGGUGGGCUGGCCAGCCCUCUGCCCUGUUGCUGGACGUUCCAGGGGAAGGGGGGGGGGGCCAGGCUGUCCUCCCUUCCUACCCUCCACCUCCCAGCCCCUUGAGCUGGGUAGCGCUGGUACAGGUUGUCUGGGUGAGUCUGACCUUAUUUUGUGCCCCUCAGGCCAUCCCCCUGGACCGUGGCUCUGUAGGGACCCUGGGUGUGUCCCUGCCCAGCAGAUAGAGAAUGCUGCCAACUCCUCCUGGCCUCACUGCCCACCCUGGCCAGGUGGUGUGGGCAGUCCGUGUUGUGGGGUGCCGGUCGGUGGUGACCUCGUCUGCCUUGGGCAGUGUCUCAGCCUUACCACCAUAGGCCAUGAGCACAGCUGCAGGAGCAGCGCGGGCUGCGCCCGGUCUGGCUGCCUUUGCUUCUCUGAUGCCCUGAGGCCGGGUGAGUUUGGUGCUGCCCACGUGGCAGCCGGAGUGUGGGCUGGGCCCUGGGUGUCCCCUCCAGCCCCAAAGGUGGGGCAUUCAGCACCCAGAACGGACCAGAAGCAGAAACUCCUCUGAUGCCCUGAGGCUGGGUGGCCCAGAGGUUUAUGGAAGCAUGUGUAACUCCUGGCACACGCGGAGGGGCUGGCUUUGACCCCCUCCACUCCCACUUUAGCACCUUACAUGCCACUUGCCAACAGUCAGUUCUCCCAUGUUAAUGCGUAGACACUCCCGUGCCUCCCAGCCCCCAUGGCUCUGUGGACGGUGCUGCUGGCCAGGCCAUGCUUGGGGUGAUGAGCUAACAGAUGGCCUAGCCAGAGUGAGACAAUCUGCGUUUGUCCCGCGUCUGAGGAUGGCAUGUUUCACACAUCAGACCCCCGGAGUCUGACUUCCCCAAGGAAAGGGUCCCCUAGGCUGGAUCUUCUAUUUGCUUAUGGGGCACAGCUGGCCUGGCCCUCCCUCUCUGGGCCGGGGUUGUCCCAAGUUUGGCCUUCACCUCAGAAGUGGCUCUGGUUUGGCUUCAGGAAUGUAUGGCCCAGCCUAACCUACAGCCUCCUGGGGGGUCUCGCUGCCACCCCCCCAUCCUGCUUCUGCCAAAACUGCACAGACAAAUGCAUUGUAAUGGCCAUUUGUGGCCGCCAGUGUAUACAUUCCUCAUGUCUGCAUCACUUGUGAUCUUUAAAGCAAGUCCUUAAUGGUGUAAUUAGUUUUUGCUUUGCAAGCCCUGGUGUUGAUUUUGUUCUGUAGGAAUUAUUUGUACAUUGUGUCUACGUGACUUGUCCUUCUGUAUUUAAGUGAGUCUGUCUGCCCAGAUGGGGUCUGCAUCCCUGGUGCAUGGGUCCCUCCGUGUGUAACUUAUCACUACCUGAAUGUAACAGUAAAUUAUAUCCGGGACAAAUACA